CCCCCUGCCCCUCGGUGCUGCCGCUGCUGCUCCCCCGCCUGCUGUUGCUCCUCCAUCUCCAGAUCGGAUCACGGUGAGGGAAAGAUGAGCGAGGAGACGGCGACUUCUGACAACGAUAAUAGUUAUGCACGAGUGCGAGCUGUGGUGAUGACCCGAGAUGACUCAAGUGGUGGAUGGUUACCACUUGGAGGGAGUGGACUAAGCAGCGUCACUGUCUUCAAAGUCCCUCAUCAGGAAGAGAAUGGCUGUGCUGACUUUUUUAUCCGUGGAGAGCGACUCAGGGACAAAAUGGUGGUUUUGGAAUGUAUGCUUAAAAAAGACCUCAUUUAUAAUAAGGUCACUCCAACAUUUCAUCACUGGAAGAUUGACGAGAAGAAGUUUGGCCUUACCUUUCAAAGUCCUGCCGAUGCUAGGGCUUUUGAUAGAGGCAUUCGAAGGGCGAUAGAAGAUAUUUCUCAAGGAUGUCCAGCAUCAAAAAGUGAAGCUGAAGGAGCAGAAGAUGACUUACAGGCAAUUGAAGAGGAUACUUCUAGCUCUCUAGUGAAAAGUCAUCUUUUCCACCAAGAGACGGUUGUUACCAGCGAGCCUUAUAGAAGCUCAAGUAUAAGACCUUCUCCCUUUGAAGAUCUGAAUGCCAGAAGAGUCUACUUACAAAGCCAAGCCAAUCAGAUAACAUUUGGUCAACCAGGCUUAGACAUUCAGAGCAGAAAUAUGGAAUAUGUUCAGCGGCAAAUAUCCAAGGAAUGUGGAAGCCUAAAGUCUCAAAAUAAGGUCCCUUUGAAAUCGAUCAGGCAUGUCAGCUUUCAAGAUGAGGAUGAGAUUGUCAGAAUAAAUCCUCGUGAUAUCUUGAUACGCCGCUAUGCAGACUACAGACAUCCUGACAUGUGGAAAAAUGACUUGGAGAGAGAUGACACUGACUCCAGUAUUCACUUUUCUAAACCAGACAGUAAAAAAUCAGAAUAUCUGUACUCUUGUGGGGAUGAGACUAAGUUAAGUUCACUCAAAGACUCUGUGGUAUUUAAAACACAGCCUUCCUCAUUAAAAUUUAAGAAGUCAAAACGAAGAAAAGAGGAUGGGGAACGUUCUCGCUGCGUGUACUGCCAGGAACGGUUUAAUCAUGAAGAAAAUGGCAGGGGGAAAUGCCAGGAUGCUCCAGACCCUAUUAAAAGAUGCAUAUAUCAAGUUAGUUGCAUGCUCUGUGCAGAGAGCAUGUUGUAUCAUUGUAUGUCAGACUCCGAGGGUGAUUUUUCUGAUCCCUGUUCAUGUGACACUAGCGAUGACAAGUUUUGCUUACGAUGGUUAGCCCUGGUAGCUUUGUCUUUCAUUGUCCCAUGUAUGUGCUGCUAUGUCCCUUUGAGAAUGUGCCAUCGCUGUGGUGAGGCGUGUGGGUGUUGUGGCGGGAAACAUAAAGCUGCCGGAUGAAAUGAUCCAGGGCCAAAAUGAGCUUAAAACCUUUGUUUCCAGGAAUUAGCUAACUUGGAGUUGUGGAAGCUUUUGGCAAGCAAUACGGAACCUUGCCUGGUAUCUUUGGGGCCACACGUGGAGGAAGCAGAACUCGGUUCCUGGCAUUUCACAAAUGCUAGCCAUGCCUAACUUUUUCCCUUGAGUGCAUGGCGUGUUUUGUUACAGGUUGUAGAGUAUUUGCAGAAAGAAACUAUUUCUGGCUAUUGGCUAUAAAAAGUCAGCGUAAAAUAUGAUCCAACUAAAAGAGAUUAAUUUUUGGCAUUUUUGUAUAUUUAUGCAUUAGGUGAUGGGACUUUUCAAGGUUUGAAUUCAUUAGGACACAAACUAAAAAUAAAAGUGCAUUAGGGGACAGUUGAUUUCAGUAUAAGAAAAGUUAACACUUGGGAAUUAUAAGAAGUAAAACAAGUGCAACUAAAUCAUGUAUUAGUUGUUUUUUGAAAGCAGUUUUAUCUAUAAAUAACAAAUGUUUAUAUUUAACUAAAUGUAAGGUACGAAUUAUUACAUAUUAAGCUUUCUUCCCCCUCCUAGUUCUGAAGUAGAUAUACAUGUAUCUACUGUCACAUUCCAUAUAUUUUGAAUAUUUAACUCAUCUAGUUAAUAACACUUUUAUUCCAUGUGAAUGAUUUCCUCAUUUCUCCUUGGCUACAGUUUAUAUUGAGUUAUAUCUGUACAUUCUGGUAAUCUAAAAUCCUUAAAAUUAUUCUAAUAGCCUUGAGUGACCAACUUUUUUUUAAAGCACAGAUGUACUUGUCUAAUGUUCUGAUGGGAACGUAACACUUAUUUUUAUAUGAAAAGUCUGGGCAAACAGUAUAGAAAAAAAUGACUUUUUUUAGGUUUUUUUUGUCGUCGUUUUGUUUUGUUUUGUUUUUGUGGUAUUCAACCAGCAAGUUGUUUUCUUUCAGAGUUUCAUCCUUUAAAAAAAAACAUACUGCAUUUACAAAUGAUUUACAAGGCAAAAAAGUAUAACUGGAUAGGUAGUAUAAAACAGUUUCCUCUUUAAAAUUUCCAUUUAUCAUCCUACUAAACCAGAAUAUGUUCAGCUGUGUUACUAACUUUUUAGUUUAAUCCUCAAUGCUUAUUAUUAUUCACCUAACCGAUCAUUUUUCUCAGUUGCAUUUUUAUUUAAACUGGCCAAAAGGAUUAUUUUAUGUUAAAAUGUGUGCUAAACUAUCCCAGUAAAGUAUUUAAUCCAAUGUUGUGAAUGAAAUCUUGUACAUAUAAAUUUAUUUCUUUUUCAGAGCAUUGUAUGAGCGGAUGUUUACUUUAGAAAGUAGUUGGGUAAAUGUUCCAACAAACAAGGUACCUUGGGGUCAGAUUUUCUUUUUAUAAGUGUUACAUUAAAACUCUAACCAAGUAAGGGGUUCUUUCAGAAUGUUCCCUUUGAGGAAUAAGGUUGAGAAUUGUGCCUUUUUUUAAUGGCUUGAAGUUUCAGAAGUGAUAAAAAUUAAAAUCACACUACCAUUCAAAGCUUAUUUUCUAUGCAGGUUUUUAGAUGUCAUUUAUGUAUUAUCCUUUCACGUAUCACACUUUAGCACGUGUUAGCUUUUUUCUUUUGCCCCAGAUAAACUGAAAGAUGUAUAUAACACUAUCUGUCUGUAAAAUACUUUUUUUUUAAGAAAGCAUUUAUAUUUAUAUGACAGCUUGAACUGACAACAUUGUGUAUAUAGAUCAUCUUGAAGUAUUAUUUCACAUUGAAAAGAAGAAAAAUAUAUUGAUAACUAUAGAUGUUAUGAAGAAGAGGUUAUUUCUAGUUUUGUACUAAAAAUCAAUUGGAUGAACUAAAUCCAAAACAUCACUCUGUAGCAGCAGUUUUAAGUCUUAUUUUUACUGUUUAUAUAUUUGGGAUGCUGCUACACAGAUGAUCUUCAACCCUGAAGUUUUCAGCUACACUUGGUUUCCUAAAAUAGACUGUUAACUUUCAAAAUUCCUUUUUAUUGGUGAAAUGGAAAUACUGGUUUUCCUUGUGAAUGAAUUUCCAUAUUUGUAAGUGCUGAGUUUAUAAAUUCAGGUUUGAGCAAGGUGUGAAUAACUGAAGAAAAUAACUUGCUGGCUAUAUAGGAAAAUGCUGUGGAAAUGAACUGUGUAUAUACUUCUGGGAAGAACAAAUAUAAUCAUUUCUUCUGUUAUGCACUAAUCAGUAUAGUGCAACUCCUGGUUCUGUACUGUAUUUUAUAUGCAACAUAUAUGCUUUAAUAUUUUAAUGUUUGUGCAUUAAUAUUUUCAAUUUGUUUAACCACUUUGCUGCUAAGAUUUUGCCGUCCCGUCCCCAUUUUUCCCUUCACAAUUUUAAACAAGUUUCUUCAUUAAAAACUAUGGCGAUAUAAUGGUUUUUAUUUUACCUUGGAUCUUUAUAGUUAACAUACCCAGUUUCCAAAUCAGUUUAGAAGACUAACUGAUAAAUGUAAUGUUAUCUGAGUCCCUGUGUGGAAUUUUUCUCUUGGUAAAUUAGAAUUCUUACAUGAAAACAAUUGGAUAGUUUAAAUCUCUGAUUCUUAACAUGUGUAUAGUUAGAUUCAGGAACAUUUUCUUGUUCUCUAUACAGAUUUGGCACUGCCAAUUGGAUUUUUCUCUAAAACAUUUCUGUUUUUAAUCUGAUAGUAUAAAUAGAGGCUGAACAAAACUGCUUCAUUAAUCAUUAAUAUUGAAAAUGAAAUCAUUUAGAUGGCAUGACAAGAAAGACUUCAGUCUGAUGAGCUUAUUUUGUUCAGAACAGAUACUUGUAAAAUGAUGCUUCUCCUGACCAUUGAUUUCUGUAGAAAUAUGUGAUGUGGCACUUCAGCACCACCUACUGGACAGUUUCCAGAUCAGAGACAGGAGAGGGCUGUCACAGUAAGGAGGGCUCCUUGCUACCACCAGGAAAGGGCUAUUUAUGAAUGGCCACCUCUUCCUGGGGAAACCGGGAGGAAGAAAUUGCUCAGAGGAACUAUAAAGUGAUUCUUUUCUAUAAUGUGUCUUGUUGCUCACUGAAAGAUUUUAAGCACUUUUUCUUACAUAUCCUGUUUUAAAAUAUUUAUUGAUAUUUGGAACUGGCAAGUCAGAUUUAAUGGAUGAACUAAGGCAUUUAUGGAACCAGUUCCUUUAACUCGCAAAAGCCAUUACCAAAAUGGUAUUCUUGUUUUUCCUCCCAUUGCCAGUCAGGGAGAACUAUAAAAAAAUAAAUAAACAUAAUCACCUGUAUUGUAUCAUGACAGCUUCAAAAAGUGUGUGUAUAUUUCUGAGAUGAUGGGGGCAGGGGUUAAAAUUUAAUGGGAAAAACUUGAAACUACCUAUUUUCACUGAUUAUUCAGCAGUGCCUAAAAUGAGCUUUCGAAGUAAUAUGAAUGCACUUUCAAUUCAUGUGUACAGUGCCAUUUGCUAUCUUGGGUAAGUCUUGCUCUUUCUUUUCUUUUUCCUCCCCUUUUCUCUUUUACUUAAAUGUCACAGAGAUGUUUCUUAACAUCCAUGUAAGUCUCCACAGUCCAGGAAACACAUACUUUGCUCCAGAUGGGCAAUGUGGACAAUUUUAAGGAUGUUUCUUUUGUUGAAAUUUAUUUUAGGUUUUGUGAUUACACUUGGAAAUACGUGUUUAAGAUUGGGUUUUUUCAUUGUAACCCAAAGGUGCAUUAAGCAAAUGUAACUUUUUUUAUAUAAAAUUUUGAAAACAUUAGUUACCUGAAAAACACAGAUUUCUCACUAAAUAUUCUUGAUUUGACCUCUGUGGUCACAUUUCUAAGUAUAAAGGAAAGCACUAGAAACUUGCAUUAUUGUUGCACUUGAAAAAAAAAUCAGUCCAUAUAUCAUUACAAUAGUAGCAUCAAGUGUUUUGCCAUCAAUCAAGUAUUAAAAAAAUUUUUUUUACAAAUAGCAGGAGGUGACUUAUAUUACACCCCUCCCCCCCAAAAAAAAGGGCUUUAGGGUACUGUUUGCCUAGCAGCCAGGUGGUUACAAAAUUUUCACAUGCUUUGGUACACUGAUAAAUGUUAGCCAUUGUUCCUAAAAGCUUCUUAAAUUGCAUAAGUUGUUUUAAACUUUUUCAAGAAUAAUCUAGUUGAAAAGCUUUGUAUUAAAGAUACACAUAGAUUUUUUUGUGAA